CCUCAUCACGCCAUGGGAGAAAGUUCAUUUUGAAUCGCCUGAACUAAUAGCGACAUAUAAAACUUUGCGUUUACACAUUUGCGAAACCUUUCCGUUGAAACGGACCUCUAAACUCGGUUGUUUGCACAAGAGUUGGUUGCACGCUAAGCUGAUCAUGCUCUCUUCGAUCAAACUCGUUAGUAAAACUCGAGCAGUCUUUGGUGGCUCUCAGAUUUUUAAAGCGUGCGCUUCUCAGAGAGUCGUAAAACAGGGACACUUUGACGGGGAUCAGAGCAAUGUGUCUUGCACGCGCCGAAUGUCCGGGACGGGCUUCAAUGUCCCGCCGAGCGCGGAGUUUGUGGCGAGAGUCAGCGGGAUCGCGACUAUGUGCAAAUUACCGUUUCAGAAAACAGCGGACGGACUGGACGCGGCGUUCGUCGGGGUUCCCAUUGACACCGGAACAUCCAACCGUCCCGGUGCAAGAUUUGGUCCGAGGCACAUCAGGGCAGAAUCUGCUAUGAUCAGGUUGUACAAUGGCUGGACAAGAGCGGCCCCAUACGAAUCACUAAGGGUGGCGGAUCUUGGUGACGUUAACGUCAACCUCUUUGACCUGAAGGACACCUGCAAAAGAAUACGAGAGGCUUAUCGUGAAAUUGUGGCCACUGGCUGCAUCCCACUUACACUGGGAGGUGAUCAUACAAUUGCAUACCCAAUUCUACAAGCCGUUGCUGAGAGGCAUGGUCCAGUGGGCCUAAUACAUGUGGAUGCCCAUGCAGACACUAGUGACAUGAUUCUGGGUGAGAAAAUUGGUCACGGGACCCCUUUCAGACGCUGUGUGGAUGAGGGGCUCCUGGACUGCAAGAGGGUCGUCCAGAUCGGGCUCAGAGGCUCGGGUUAUUCUCCAGAUAAUUAUGAGUGGAGCCGAGCACAGGGUUUCCGUGUAGUGGAAGCUGUGGAGUGCUGGCACAAAUCUCUUGUCCCUCUCAUGGAGGAGGUUCGCUCACAGAUGGGAACCGGACCGGUCUAUCUCAGCUUUGACAUAGACAGUCUGGACCCUGCAUUCGCUCCCGGCACAGGAACACCUGAGAUUGCUGGCCUCACACCCAUUCAGGCUCUGGAAAUCAUUCGAGGUUGCCGAGGUCUUAAUCUUGUGGGUUGUGAUUUAGUUGAGGUUUCUCCACCUUAUGACACCACAGGAAACACUGCUUUGACUGGGGCUAACCUUCUUUUUGAGAUGAUGUGUGUCCUUCCAAAAGUCAAAUAUUAUUGAUUGCGUUGGUGGAAUGUCUCAAAUAAUUGCACAGUGACAUAUCCAUGAUUUCUGUACAAAAUCAGUAUUAAUAUUAUUUUCAGCAACAAAUACCUUUAUUUGGAUUAGCAAAACAGAGCCAUACUGUCAAUUUAUGAACACAGUGAAGAAAAUUCAUAUUGCGUAUGGAGAAACAACUCUCGGGAAUAAAAAAGAAAUCACAAAAUUAUGAAAAUAAAACAUUUCAUGUUUAUUUGAUAAUAUAGUUUUUAAACCGAUUAAUAAAUAAAACAAUUACAUAACACGAUGCAGAGUUCAUAUUUUACACCACAGACAUAAACACAUUUAGUCAUAUAGAGUUAAUAAGCCAUGAAAAUUUGGCAUGAUUUAAUGCUAUCUUAAAUUUAAGAUAUUUACCAGUGCAUUGCAAAACACAAAUAAAAUGCUAAUAUAGUAAAAUGGCACCAAUACCGCAUCAUUGAUUAUAAAGUAUAAUGAAUGUUCAUUGAACACCAUAUGAAUUAAGUAAUAUUAUUCAUCACGCAAAAUAUGUCAGUAAUGGAAGACUUCAUAUAGGAGUGGAUAUAACUCACCCACACCUUUCUGUGCAUAUGCAAUAGCUAAUCAAAUGAAUUAACCACUAAAUCCUGCUAAAGAAAAUGAAACAUCACUACAUAAAGGAGACAAACGCUUUUCUACAGCAAACAUGAAAUGCAUAGUACAAAAUACUUCAGAUCAAGUAUGUAUCAUUUCUUCUCUUUGUACUGUUGAGAGUAUGCUUUGCAUGCCACAACACAUUUUUAAUUAAAACACAAAUGGAAACUA